CACCGUGACGUGUUUCCGGCGGAUGUAACCGGUCAGCUGAUUUGUAUUAAAAGACUUCCUGGUUUGCGAUGUGUUUUCUCUACUAAAAUAUCAUUUUUGAAGGCUGAAUUUUCGCUGAUCAACAAAAACUUUUGUAAAAAGGAUCAACUACAACUGCAACCACGAACAUGAACACGGAAAAGGACUUUUCCCCUCUGACGCCCAACAUUGUCAGGGCUCUGAAUGACAAACUGUACGAGAAGAGGAAAGUGGCAGCACUUGAAAUUGAGAAGCUGGUGCGGGAGUUUGUGGCUCAGAACAACUCAACUCAAAUCAGACAUGUCAUCCAGAUUUUGGCCUCGGAGUUUGCGCUUUCUCAGCACCCCCACAGUCGGAAAGGGGGUCUCAUUGGACUGGCAGCUUGCUCCAUUGCCCUCGGUAAAGACUCAGGUCUGUAUCUGAAGGAGCUCAUUGAGCCUGUUCUCACUUGUUUUAACGACUCAGAUAGCCGUCUGCGUUACUAUGCAUGUGAGGCCCUCUAUAAUAUAGUCAAGGUAGCCAGGGGAGCAGUGCUGCCUCACUUCAACCUGCUCUUUGAGUCUCAGUAGCUUGCAGCCGACCCAGACCCCAAUGUGAAGAGCGGAUCUGAACUCCUGGACAGACUGCUGAAAGAUAUUGUGACAGAAAGUAACAAGUUUGACUUGGUGGCAUUUGUCCCUUUACCUCAGAGAGAGAUCUACUCCAACAAUCAAUAUGCUCGCCAGUUCAUUAUUUCCUGGAUCCAUGUUCUGGAGUCUGUGCCAGACAUCAACUUGCUGGACUACCUCCCCGAAAUCCUGGAUGGGCUCUUCCAGAUAUUGGGUGACAACAGCAAGGAGAUACGUAAGACUUGUGAAGUGGUGCUGGGAGAGUUUUUGAAAGAGAUUAAGAAAACACCCUCCAGUGUGAAAUUUGCUGAGAUGGCCAAUAUCCUUGUCAUCCAUUGCCAGGUAGCAGAUGAAACCAAACUCACAAAUGACCUAAUCCAGCUGACAGCUAUGACCUGGAUGAGAGAGUUUAUUCAGCUAGCAGGCAGAGCAGUGCUCCCUUACUCAUCUGGCAUCCUCACUGCUGUGCUGCCCUGCCUUUCCUACGACGACAGAAAGAAGAAUACUAAAGAAGCAGCCAGUGCCUGUAAUCACAGUCUUAUGAAGCUUGUGACCCCAGAGGAUGAUGAAGAGGAGGAGGAUGAGAAAAGCGGAAGUCCCGGGUCCCUGUCCAAGGAAGACGAACAGCCAAAAAUGGAGACGGACAGCAAUGAUAUGCUGAAUGCAUCACAAGAAUCAGUAGGUUUCAGUAACAUCAGCUUCUUCACCCCAGCAUGUGCUGACAGACCUCAGGUGACUCUGGACCUGGAUGGUAUUGUUCAGGUGCUAGACCGGCACUUACACGACUCCUCCACUGGCAUGAUGACCCGCAUAGCUGUGCUCAAAUGGCUCUACCAUCUCUACAUCAAGACUCCACGCAAAAUGUUCCGUCACACAGACAGCCUGUUUCCCAUGCUGCUGAAAACACUCUCUGAUGAGUCUGAUGAAGUGAUUCUUAAAGACCUGGAGGUGUUAGCUGAGAUAGCAUCAUCUCCUGCUGGACAAACUGACCAAGUUGGCUCCUGCGACAGCACUGACAACAAACUGGAGCUCAAGGUCCCAGAGAGUGUCAAGCCAGGACAGCAACCCAGUCCUGGCUCCAAACCAGCAGAUUCAUCACCUUCCACUCCCAGUAUGAACUCCUAUUUUUACAAGUUCAUGAUCAACCUGCUGAAGCGCUUCAGUCUGGAGAAGCUUCUGGAGAACAGAGGAGCAUUCAUCAUCAGACAGCUCUGCCUUCUGCUUCACGCAGAGAACAUCUUCCACUCAAUGGCUGACAUCCUGCUGAAGGAAGAGGACCUCAAAUUUGCCUCAACGAUGGUCCAGACACUCAACACCAUCCUGCUCACCUCAGCUGAGCUCUUCCAGUUACGCAACCAGCUGAAAGACCUCCGCACUCAAGAGAGCUGUGCUUUGUUUUGCUGCCUGUAUCCCUGGUGCCACAACCCUGUGGCCACUGUGUCACUCUGUUUCCUCACCCAGAACUACAAACAUGCCUAUGAUCUCAUCCAGAAGUUUGGAGAUCUGGAGGUUACCGUGGAGUUCCUAAUAGAGGUUGACAAGCUUGUACAGCUCAUUGAAAGCCCCAUUUUCACCUACCUGCGUCUGCAGCUGCUGGAUGUGGAGAACAACCCAUACCUGAUAAAGGCACUCUAUGGCCUGCUUAUGCUGCUACCUCAGAGCCAAGCCUUCCAACUGCUCUCCCAUCGCUUGCGGUGUGUCCCAAACCCAGAGCUCAUGAGGACUGUGGAUGAGUCCAAGUAUAUGGACUCUAAACAUCAAGUGGUCUCCAAGCGUGCCUCUCACAUUCAGAUAGAUUACAGUGAGCUGCUCCAGCAUUUUGACCUCGUUCAGAGCAAACACCUGGAGGUGAGACACCAGCGCUCUGGACGUGCUGCUGAUCACCCUGAUAGGAAGCUAAUGUAAGGCAUUCUGCAGUGAGAGAGGGUAGAACAAAAAUAUUAAGAAUGAGAAAAAAAAUGUAGUUUACUAGAAUGAUUAUGAAGACGCCAAAAAGUAUUGAUUGUGAUUCAAACCUCUUAGAGAUGCACUGGGUAUACAUUGUCAAAAAAAGAACACUUUUUUUUAUUUCUUGACAUUUUAAACAGAACUUGAUUUCAACACAAUCCAGACCAUACACAACAUGGUUCAGUGAAGUAGUUAAUGUGAAGAUUAACCUUAAAAUCUCAUACAUCAUGUAUUGUGGUGUUAUUAUGGCCAUAUCCCAAGCGCCUGAGAUUGUUUCCAGGUGAGUUAAAUGUUCACAGUGUUUCAAGUGAAUCCAACUUGCAUGUUACUGAUAAUAACACACUUGUGUCAUUUAAUGUCCACGUGAACCACUGUUUUUUCAUGGUGUUUCAUGUUGAGUAAUUUGAGAAGAGCAUGCGUCAGGAUUGCCUUAAUCUCUUGUCAGCCAGGAAAGAAUUUCAUGUGUAGAGUAUUGACCCAGGUCAACAGAGAUUUUAAACUUAGGAUGGCUGAACUCUGGCAUACAUUCUGGGUAGGCCUACGUCAUUCCACCUCUAGCCGUUUGUUUGUUAUUACAGUUAAUCAAUAACUUGAUCUUAAACAUUUCCAGCUUUAAAUCACAUUUCUUUUUAUAUAUUAUAUCAACUAAUUUGUUUUUCUCUUAAAUAUUGUCUAUAUGUCUGUUUUUAAAAGACACACCUUUUUGUCAUUACUGUGUGAAAAUCAAUAAAGUGGAACAUGAUCAUGAA